AUGUAGAGAUAAGAAGAUAAAAUUAAUGAAGAACAACAAAAAAUCUAACAGGAUGAUUCUCAAAUUUAAUAAAUUACUAAUUAAGAAAUUACUCCAUCCAAUCUUAAACCAUUCAAUUAUUAAUUGAUGGAACAAAACUCAAUUAAAUAAGAUCAAUUUUGUUAUGCAAUUGCUGUUAAUAAAGAUUGUUCAAUUUUGAUUGCCGGUUGUAAAGAAUAAAUUAAAGUGUUUGAAUUUAAUUAAGCAAUCUUGAAAUAACUUGAAAUUUUAAGUGAACAUAGUAAAGAUGUAAAUACGUUAAAUUUUCUGAAGAGAUCGGAUCAAUUUAUAUCUGGGAGUGAUGAUAAUUUGAUUAUAAUCUGGGCAAGAAAUCCAAAUAAUUCAUGGGUUUGUUAAUAGAAACUUAAUGGACAUACAAGUUAUAUAAUGUGUUUGACAUUAAACAAUAAUGAAGAUGUUAUUGCAUCUGGUGAUGGUGAUAGUACAAUUAAAUUAUGGUAUGAAUAAAAUGAAUGGUUGUGUAAAUAGACAAUCAAAGAACAUAUAAAUCGAGUAUUAGGAUUAAGUUUUAAUGAACAAUAAAAUAAAUUGAUAUCUUGUGGAUAAGAUAUGUUGAUACUAGUAAUGGAACAAUCAGAAUUGAAUAAAUAAUGGAUUAUAAUAUAAAAGAUUGAAUUGGAGAGAUAGGGAAUUCGAUUAUGUUUUAUUGAUAAUAGCACAUUCACAGUUUAAUCUUGGGGGUACUAGUACAUGCAUAUUUUUGAGAUGAAUAGUUCUAAUAAAUUAUUUUCAAAGACAAAAGAUAUUCCAGUAAAAGAGGGACCAGAAUGUACAUAAUUUCCUUAAUAAUACAUUAAAUCAAAAUGUAUUCUUGUGAAUAAGAAUAGUUCAAAUGUGAAUUUAAUAAGGAAGUAAUAAAAUGGUGAAUUUACAACCGAGUAAACAAUUGAGUUUGGAACCCAUGAGCUUUUUGGAUGUAUGACUGACGAUGGACAAUAUUUGAUCACUUGGGGAACUGAUUCAAAAGAAUUUCAGAUCAGGGAAUAUAAAGAAUAAUGA